AUGGCUCAACACGCCAACUUCGGAGGGCAUUCGGGCAUGUGCCGUCACAGAGAACGUAGACGUACCCGUAUAUAUGAGAUGCCACCACAUGGGGCCAUAUCCGAUACCUCAUCACAAUCUUCUAGGUCAAGCUCUCGGUCAAGUCAUAGUAGUGACUCUAGUAGCGACUGGAGCGACAUUGGCUAUGGCUCGGCCUCUUCUUCUCUAGCUGCUCCGUAUUGUCGGGAUAGUCAUCAUCACUGGCAUGUUCAUCGUCGUGAUAGUCAAGGACUUAGUCUCCCAGAACUACUACCCUAUACACCCUCAUCAGACACCGGAACUCCGGUGAUCCCCGAUUCUUCGGCGUCUUCCAUCGCAUCACCUGUGAUUCCACAUGUCGGGCUCCAACAUCCAGGCUCGUUUUUACUUCAAGGCGGACGUCACCCUAUAUAUCAUGGACAUACUAUUCCAGCGAGUGCCUAUCGAACGCCAGAACAUAAUACUCCCUUUCGAGACGAAGUAGUCCAUGCAUUUCACCCAAAUCUGCAGCAGUAUUACCACCCUAAUCCUACGGAUACCAGCGGAUUCAUCCACACACCCUCUCUGCAGUGGGACAUCAUCUAUCCACCCUCCAGGACACGAUACUUACCGGGAUAUUGCAUUAUACAGCAUCCUCAGUAUAUGGAAGCUGCAUGUGCACCCCCAACCGUACGUCGGAUCCACUUCACGUCAACUCAUGAAUGCCUUGGUUUCUGGAUGUCGCCUGACCGCUGGGGUCCCAUCAUAAUAGACGACCCCAACCUGCCCACUGUUCACAGGAUACUAGAAAAGAUACAUGAUUAUCUUCGACAGCCGCUUAGCCAAAAGGAUAUUGCUACGAUCCUUUCGACGCCUAUCAAUCGAAGCCGACUUGGUGAAGCGCGGCGUUCCAGGCUACACUACACCGCGGGUAUGCAGCCAUAUGGAGGAUACGUGAGGUCGGACGUAUUGGGCGGUCACAGACGAUUCUUCGGCUGCAGAAUGUCAAUCCGAGAUGGCAUUUGGAGAGCUUCAGUGGAUUUCAUCCCUGGUCCCGUCUUAAGACUGGUGAUUUAG